AAAUACAUUAAAUUUCCCUGAUUUGCCGCAACUGUAUAUGAGCAGCUAUCGUGCUGGAGGCGCCAAGAUCUGCUCGCACCUCCAAGCUCUGAAGCUACGAGACUCUUUACCUCUUCCAAUCUCAAGAGGUGAGCUUGUGAAACGACAUUUCUAAUCAUUUUAUGAAUUGGGUGACACAUUUUCAUGCUGCUUUGAGAUUGUGUAGGGCUCAAGCAUUAUCUGUGGAUUCUUUUCAAGGUCUUGGUUCCUUGGGGUCUCCGCUUUAGGUUUUGGGAGGUGAUAGGCGCUCCCUAACUAACGCGGACACUGUUUGCUUUAUGGCUAUUCCGAGGCACAGUGGUGGGCAGCUGUUGGUUUCUGUGAUGCCUGAGGUGUUUUACAGGGGUUCCUUGUGUAACUCUAUUUUGGGGAUUGAACAGAGUUGUAGGUUGCAGGAUAGAUAUGAGUUGGGGGAUGAAUUGGGUUUGGGGCAGUUUGGUAAAAUCAGGUCUUGCACAGAUAGGGUGACAGGGGAGGUUAUGGCUUGUAAAUCCAUUGCAAAAGAUAGAUUGGUGACUGCAGAGGAUGCUAAGAGUGUGAAAUUAGAGAUUGAAAUCAUGACCAGCCUCUCUGGGCACCCUAAUAUUGUAUCACUCAAGGCGGUCUUUGAGGAGGACGCACAUGUGCAUUUGGUCAUGGAGCUCUGUGCUGGCGGGGAGCUCUUUGAUCGGUUGCAGAAGCAAGGCAGAUAUUCUGAGCCUGAUGCGGCUCAAUUAUUUAAGCAUCUGAUGGAAGUGGUCAAGUAUUGCCAUGACAACGGUGUAGUACACAGGGAUUUGAAGCCGGAAAACAUUCUCUUUGCCACCAAGUCUCAUUCUUCUCCAAUCAAGCUGGCUGACUUUGGAUUGGCUACAUAUUUCAAACCAGGGCAGAGCCUCCAUGGCACAGUUGGAAGCCCCUUCUACAUAGCUCCAGAAGUUUUGUCAGGAGGAUAUGAUCAAGCAGCAGAUGUUUGGAGUGCUGGUGUGAUUCUCUAUAUUCUUCUGAGUGGGGUUCCACCUUUUUGGGGCCAAACAAAAUCAAGGAUUUUUGAUGCAGUAAGACAAGCCAGGUUGGAAUUUCCAAAGGGUCCAUGGAGGGGUAUAUCGGCUUCAGCAGUGGAUUUGAUAUCCAAAAUGCUUUGCACAGAUCCAAAGAAGAGACUCACCUCUGUUCAAGUGUUAGAGCAUCCUUGGAUCAGCAGUCCACUAGAGUUGUCAAAGCAUAUUCCAUUUAGACGCAAUGAGAAAGAUGGUAUCCUCUGCAGCUCUUUGAAGUCAUUGGAACCAGAGACAAUUUCUUCAUUUCGGUUAUUGGCUGCUGGCAACCCCAAAAUAGAACUUCAGCCAUCUUUCUGUGUCCAGUCAUCAUUUUCAGGAUUCUUCGUGGGCAGUCAAGUCUCUCAAUUGUCUGGUAGUUUUGUUUUCGAUAGAUGCACGAAAUCAAAUGGAUCAGAAUGCUCAGCAGUGACACCAACCAUUUUGAGUUUUGCCUUUGCAAAUGUUGAUGGUGCGUUUUCCUCUGAGCAUUCAUCAUAUCCACCAGACAACAAAGUGCAGUCUCAUUGUUCUCACAGAGAGUCAAGCUUUGGACAUCUCUUUGUGGCAGCAGUCUCUAACAGCAUAAGGAGUGUAUCUCAGUAUGUGAUGUCGGUGGAAGAGCCUACAAGUGAAACAAGAAAAGUGGGGACAUCUACUUCAAGAUACCUUAUUUCACACAGAGGGAAUAGGACAAUAGGCUUGGGAGAGCUUGAACAAUUGGAUCUCAAGGUUUCAGAUUCCAUAAUUCGAUGGGCUUCAUGUACAAGAUUGUCCAGUGCCACCUCCUUUCAAUCUUCAUUAGUCUGCUGACAGAUGCUAUGAUCAUUAUAAGUGUACCAUUAAAGACUGAAAUUAUGACCUCCGAAACCCAAUGGUUAUUUUAAUCUUUUGGAGGGGCUGUUUGAAGGAGUUUUUAGCCGUGCCUUUGGCAGUCAGAGGGUUUAACAUUAGUGCGAAAUUUAAUAUACAGGAGUUACUGAUGAACUGGUGUUAUUGUAUUUUUAUGGGUUGUAUACUACAAAAGAAAGUAAAAUCCUAUUGUUGCCUGAAGGAGAUUGCUUAAUUUAGUUUGUGUAAAAUAAUAUUUAUUUUAACGAGUGGAUUCUGUUA